AGCUCCGGUGAAGAGUUUAGGAGAGCAAGUUUCGUUCUUUUUGUGGGGGUUUGAGAAGUAGAGUCAGAGACCAUGUUAUGCGGAGGCUCUCGUGCCUCCGUGCAUUUGUGGGAUCACCGUCAUCCUCCUACGCUCGGUGCUAAGGUUUUUCGGCAGUCUCCAUUCGUGCUCAGACCUUAUUCGGCUAAAUUGCAGAAGCGGAUGAACUCUUUGUCAAGGUCUCACUGCAAAAAUCCAGAAACAAUCCCUGUUCCUCACGAUUGUUCCAGCCAGGGAGACGAUGCUCCCGAGCUUUUAAUUGAUGGGCUUUCGCCAGUUGCAGGAGGCAUUGUUGCUCUAGGGAAGUUUGAUGCGCUGCAUAUCGGUCACAGAGAGCUUGCAAUUCAAGCUGCAAGAGUUGGUACUCCAUAUCUGUUGUCUUUUGUUGGAAUGGCUGAAGUACUCGGUUGGAAACCUCGGGCGCCGAUAGUAGCCAAAUGUGAUCGAAAACGGGUCCUUUCCUCUUGGGCAUCGUAUUGUGGGAACAUAGCACCAGUAGAGUUUGAGAUUGAAUUCGCCAGCGUUCGACAUCUUAAUCCACAACAGUUUGUCGAGAAGUUGUCAAGAGAGCUCGGAGUCUGCGGAGUUGUGGCAGGCGAAAAUUACCGGUUUGGAUACAGAGCUUCCGGUGAUGCUUCUGAACUUGUGAGGUUAUGCAAAGAGUACGGUAUCAGCGCUUACAUCAUUAACUCCGUGAUGGAUAAGAACCAAGUCUCUGGAAAUGCAGACUCAGAAGAGGAUUCAAAGUCAAAAGAAAGAGGACAAGUAUCGUCCACACGAGUCCGACAAGCUCUUGCUGCAGGAGAUGUGAGGUAUGUAACAGAGCUCCUCGGCAGACCACACAGGGUUAUCUCAAGGGUGAGAACACAAGAUAUAACCAUCAAAGGAGGGAGGAUCUCAAUUCAGACAUCGUCUCUGCUGAAUUUACCACCUGAGAAUGGAGUUUACAAAGCAUGCUCACUUAUAGUUGGUGAUGCGCAUCCAAUUUCGUGUAAGGUCUUUGUCGAUACAUUGAAUCUCCAUAUAGAAACAGAGGAUGUAGAAGAAGUACGUUUCCGUAACUCAUAUGGUUCUCAAGAGUUUCUACUCUUAGGGAUUGAGUUCGAUUGAUUCACACAUUAAUAAGCAUCACAUUUUCCAUUUUAA